AUGCUUGUGAAACUGAAGAAGCUGUAUAGUUCUGAUGGACAUUUGAUAAAUAUGAGUUUGUCGAAACAUCACGCCAAAUUAAGUUUCGCCAAAAUCUCGGUAGCAAAGCAGGAAACCAUAAGAAGUGGUGAGGUUUCAAGAAGAGAGGUUGGAGAUUUUUGGAAAGACGUUUUAAUUGGAAGGUCUUAUAUCUACUAUAAAGAGACAAGAGUGUCCAUCAAACAGAACAGUGUCCAGGAGCUGGUCGGGAAGAGGAUCUAUUUAUCUCUGGAUCCACUGCUCUAG